AGCUUGGCUGCAGAAGCAGAUCAAAAUCUAGGUUGGAAUUAACCAGGUAAUUGAGCAAGAAAGUCAAUAUUAAAAUAUUCCAUCAAAACUCGCACUCUCUCUCUCAUUUCCACGUCUACUCUGAAUCUGAGCUAUGGCGAAUUGGUCGAUGAACUCUUCCCUCGCUCUUCUCAUUCUUCUUCCUUCCUGUUGCUUCGCUCUCCUCCACCACCGGCACCGCUUCCGUGAGAUCUCUCAGAACCCAGCGUUCAGUUCUUCCGUGAUCGCUAGGUUAAUUUCUUGGAACAACUGGAUCUUGAUCUCAACCCGGAUCCGUUGCGUGUUCUGUUUUGCGUGUAAUAUUGUAAGAGAAAUUGGAGUUUUGGCGAGAAGUUGAUGCGUUAGGUGGCGGUGGUUGAGCGUCGGUGAAGUGGUGAAUUGAGUUAGGAAACGGUGCCUAGGAUUCUUCACCCGGAAUCGGUGUCGGUGGCUCUAAUUCGCCGGAUUUCGUGAUUUUUUUCUCCGCCGAGUUCUUAAUUUGGGAAUUUGAUCCGCGAUCUUGUGGGAGGACGCGAAGGAAACGACGCCGUUAGUGCAGCUGUUAGGUUGCUAGAAGAUGCAACAAGAUCAGCGCAAGAAGAAUUCCAAGGAGGUGGAAUUUUUUACAGAGUAUGGGGAUGCCAACAGGUAUAAGAUUCUGGAGAUUAUAGGGAAAGGGAGCUAUGGUGUUGUUUGUGCAGCCCUGGACACUCAUAUUGGGGAAAAGGUAGCAAUAAAGAAAAUAAAUGACAUUUUUGAGCACAUCUCUGAUGCAAUUAGAAUUUUGCGUGAAGUGAAGUUGCUUAGGAUUUUGAGGCACCCUGAUAUUGUUGAAAUCAAACGCAUUAUGAUUCCUCCUUCGAGGCGGGACUUCAAAGAUAUAUAUGUUGUUUUUGAGCUUAUGGAAUCUGAUCUUCAUCAAGUUAUUAAAGCCAAUGAUGACUUGACGCACGAGCACCACCGGUUUUUCCUCUACCAGAUGCUACGGGCUUUGAAAUAUAUGCACACAGCCAAUGUUUAUCAUAGAGAUCUUAAACCAAAAAAUAUAUUGGCGAAUGCGAACUGCGAAUGAGAAGACAUGGAGCAUGUGAAAUUACGUGACUGCCCUUGUGUUUCAGGGAGAGUUGACGUCCUCAUUAACGGAGGACUACAUUAGGUAAAAAUUGGAAAGUCAUGGAUGUUAUUGGUUAAAAUCAUAAGUCGAGGACCAAUUUGUGAAUUAUGCUAUAGUCGAUGGACCAUUUUGAGUAUUUACUCAAUGUGAUAGUGUAGCAUUUUUAAUGGAGCAGAUAAGUUCCCUAUACUUUUUACUAGACUUUAAUUUGACGAAAUUUUGAGUUGAUGCA